GCUAAGUACACAUUAAAAAACACUGAUUGAUGAAAAAUUUCAUUAAGAAUUUCUAAACUAUAUAAUUCUAUUUUAGAAAAUAUAUUUAAUACUUAUUAUUAACCCGUAAAUCUACAUAUAUCAAAACCAAUAUCUCAAAACUUCAUGAGUGUGGAAGAAGCCAAAAGCCUUGGAUAAUAAUAAAUGAGUGGAGUGGCCUACUGGCCUGCCUCGCUCUAUAAAUAGUAGUCCUGCUUUGAACUUCUAACUCAUCACUCCAAGAAAACUCAGAACUUCAUUCUUCACUCUCUCCAUCUCUCUAAAAUUCUAGUUUGGUUAAGGUUAGGUGUUCUAAUUAGUUUCUUUGACAUGGGCCAGGGAAAUGGUAGUGCAAAACUAAGUUUGUUCCUUGGAGUCGGCAUACUAUGCCUCUUAACUCUUACUAACCCAACCCUUGGCGCUAUUUACACAGUAGGAGGAGCUGGUGGGUGGGCCUUUAAUGUCAACAAUUGGUCUACUGGCAAGCCCUUCAAAGCUGGUGAUAUGUUAGCAUUCAACUAUGAUAAGACAACACACAAUGUGGUACCAGUUAGUAAGAAGGGUUAUGAUAGCUGCAGCUCACCAAGAGGAGCAAAAGUUUACCAAAGUGGGAAGGACAGAAUUAAGUUGAGCAAGGGUCCAAGCUACUUCAUAUGCACUCUCCCUGGGCAUUGCCAGAGCGGAAUGAAGAUCGCCAUUAAUGCAGCUUAAUUAUUGUACUUCUUCUACUACAGCUUCGUAUAUUAUGUAUUGUAUUGAUCUCAGAUAUUGCUUAUUUCAUGUAAACUAAAGUUGUUUCAUUAAAUGUAUUGUACUACUGUCUA